AUGGCCGACAUGGAGGACUACCUCGAGGAAGGGUUUGACCCACGUUCAGUCACUGUUCCGCGUCUGCGAUCGAUUCUUGUCACGCAUAAUGUUGAGUACCCUGCGACUGCAAAAAAGGCCCAACUUGUUGAGCUGGUUGAAGAUCAUGUACUAGCGCAGGCCCCAAAGCUGCGGGCUCAGCGCGCCCGAGCCAAGAGAUCGAGCAUGGGAAUCGUGAAUGCUGGCAGUCCGGAAGACAACGGCACCUGGGAUGACUACGAACUCCCACCUCCGUCGACUACCAAGAGACGUUCGAAGUCUCCUCGAAAGUCUUCGGCGCGUGUUAAGGGUGAAGAUAAUGUCCUGGCGACUCCUGUGCCCAGGAGUCCUACCAAGCGCAGUACACGGUCAGUAAGCCGUGCGCUCUCUCACGCUGACGACCACGACAACUACGACGCCCCUCGUUCCAUUCGCCAACCGAGGAGAACAGUCACGCCACAGAUCAAAGAUGAGCCACAAGAAGAAGAGACAAUCCUGCCCGACCACGAAGAAAGCGUGUUCACUCACGACAACCCUUUUCAGAGUGGCAGUUCGCCUGCUCAACAUAAAACGCCCACCAAUCGCCGCCGUACAAUUGCCGACGACUCCAUCAGAAGUGUAAAGUCAUCGUCCCGGCGCAGGACAGGUGGCUACAAUGACGAUUAUGAAGAUGAUGUUGAACCUACUCCAAGAUACCGCGAGCCGACUCCGGACUUACUGGAACCUGGCGAGGAGUUCACUCCGAACGAGCAAUUGGAAUUGGAACAAGCUGCGAGUCGGGGCGAAAUGGAGAUCGAGCCUCGCAAGCCUUCUCAGCAGGUAUCUCGAAGAGGUGGUUUUAAGGCACCUCUCUUUGUACUCUUGAUGUCUCUUUUUGGAGCCUACCUUGCGUGGUAUCGUCAAGAGAAAAUCGCGGUUGGCUAUUGCGAAGUCGGUGGUCAAGCAAAACCACUCUUUUCGCAAGACAUUCCUGUGCCCGACGCUCUUGUUCCUUUCGUUGAGCCUCAGUGCGAGCCUUGCCCUUCGCACGCGUACUGUUACCACGACUUUUCGGUUCGUUGCGAGAAUGGAUUUAUCCUCAAGCCGCACCCAUUGUCUCUCGGUGGGCUUGUGCCACUUCCUCCUACUUGUGAGCCGGAUGGCGAGAAAGCGCGCCGCGUUAAAGCUGUAGCUGAUAGGGCUAUUGAGGAACUCAGAGAUCGCCGAGCUCAGUAUGAGUGCGGAGAACUUGUUGGUGAGGAUGGCAAGAAAGAGGAAUCUCCUGCGAUGGCUGAACACGAGCUUAAGGCGACCGUGAGCCGCAAGAGGUCCAAGAGACUCAACGAGGACGAGUUUGAUGAACUGUGGGCUGCCGCCAUUGGCGAGGUCGCAGCUAGAGAAGAGGUCGAGAUCAUUGAGACAGCACUAUAUCGGAAGCACGUGGCUACAUCUGCUCAAGUUCCUGCUCUCGUCGACCUAGUGCUGGGUAGACUUGCCAAUCAGAAGGAACUAGGUGAAGAAGGUAUCGAUGAUCCUUGGUUGUUUUUACCGAACUUGAGAGAUGACGUCCUCCGGGCUAUUCACUCAUUGUCUGAGCGAGAACGCAUCUGGCAGCGGGUUCGAGCUGUUGUCGAACAAAACAGCAAUGUUCGAACCAGUCAGCGCGAAGGAAGAAGCGGCGAGGUAGGUCGCGCUUGGGAGUGGAUUGGCCCUGUUGCUGGCGACGGAGCAAGGAGGCGACGGAGCGGCCGGGUAUCACUCGGUCCUAACUCUCAAGUAGAGUCGCCAGAGCCAACAAAGGCAAACCCUGAUGUUAAAAAGUGGGAGGAAUCGAGACCGAUCUACUAA